AUGCACAACGAGUUUUAAUCACAUAAAGGCAAAAGAUAGAUUAAAAUUUAGCCAUUUUUAUAAGGAAGAAUAAUAUAAGCAAAAAAGCUGAAUAAUAGCUUUCUAUUUCAUAACUCUAGAAUGAUCUCUCUAUUAAAUAAUGGAAUGCUAGUUUAUUAUAGUAGAUGUUUUAAAUGGUCCUCUAAAUAAUUUGAUAAGCUCAAGGAAAAGCCAAAAUGUGGGGUAUAUUUUAACAAUGUUUAUCAUUCAUGUGUUAAAUAUUCAGAAAAUGAGGUUGAACUGAUUGUAAAAUUUAAGAAGUCUCAGAUUUAUCAUUUUGAAAAUCUAAAUAAUAGCUACGUGAAGGAGCCAAAAUCUGAGGAAACUUUGCUUUGGAUUUUCCUAAUAUCUGUAAAUGAUUUAGAUGGGAAAGAAAAGUUUCAGUCAGUUAGAGAAAUGGAAAAUAUUCAUUCAUUAUAUUCAAUCAAAGGAACUAUUCCUGAUGAAAAAACUUUGAAAAGUAUUUCUUAGUAGGUAAGGACUGAAAAAACCAUAAUUUAAUAAAGGAAUAUUAUCAAAGAUUCCAAAAAUAAAAAGUAAGUCUAAUGGUUGGAUUUAUAAAUUGAGAAGAUAAUUAAUGAUAAUAAUUAAAUACAUAAUAAUGGCAUAAAGAGUGAAUAAUUAAGUUAAGAUGAUUAAUGGGAAAUAAAUGAGGAGAGUAUCGAUUUUAUAGUUAAAAGUAUGCCAGUUAAAAGAUCUUCCUUACCAUGUCUCAUUCCUACUAAAAAAAUAAAUUGA